UCGAAAGGGACAGCCCCAACCCUCCACCUUCUCCGCCGCGAAAGCGCCAAAAGAGAGGAAAAAAACCCUCCACGGGCCGUCCGCCCCCUCGGCUCUUCUCUUUUCCGCCGGCGAGAGAUGAUAAAGCGCCGUUGCUACAAGCAAGACCACGGCGAUAGGGACGCCUCCUCCACCUCCUCUUCGUCCUCCUCCGAUGACGCCUCCGAUUUUACUCCGGAAGUGGAGGAAGAGGAAGAAGAAGACGAAGUAGAAGAACAAGAGGAAAAGGAGGAGGAGGGAGAGGAGAUAGGAGGAGCAAAGGAGGACGAAGAGCCGCUCUCGCCUUCGUUCGGUUCGGGAUACGAGAGUGAGGAUAGCUCUGGGAAUGAGGUUGAUGGUGAUUCUUCAGGUUUGCUCAGUAAUGAGGAGAAAGGACCUGAAAGAGGUUAUGAAAGCCCUAAAGAUGGCCAGCUGAACAAUGAAGUUGAUGUUGAAAAGAAUGAGAAUGCGAACACCGGGAGCAGUGCCUUUGAUUCAAAUGAUCCAAUUCAAGCUGAUCUGAGAAGUUGUAUCUUGAAGUGCAAAUCAGUUUUUAAGUGCAGACUUUGCCCAAGAAUUGUAUGCUUAAAUGAGGAAACAGUCAAGCAACACCUUAAAUCAAAGAGACAUGCUCGUUCCAAGAAGCUAUUAGGGGAGGGGAGGCUUAGGCUGAUGCUCAAUAGCGAUGGGGAGAUCGAAGAGGAGCAGGAAACUCAUGCAGAAAGGCAUGCCCGAACUGUAGCUCUUGCUCAGGAAUUGAUUGCUCCGAAAAGGAAAGACACAGGUCGUCAGCGACAGAACUGCCGGAGGAAAAAGAGGUUGCAUUAUCGUUCUGAAAAGGCAAAACCAGAACAGUUGGCAGAAAAUCCCACAAAGAGAAAACGGAAAUUAGAAGAUUGAAGAAGAGUGAAUUUUGCUAUAAACUGUUAGUUGUCCUGCGAAUUUUCCAGGCAGGAAGUUUUAAAAUGCAAUCUUCAGUUGCAUGUUUUAUGCUAUUUGUUUCUUAUGCUAUUGUUGUUUCAGAGUUUUUAUUUUAAAAAAAAAACACAUAUAAAUCAGUUUUCAGAA